ACAAAACUGGUCACGCCAUCACGCUAUCACGCUAUCAUAGGAUGGGAAUAUUAAUUGUUAGACGGCAUAUUCUUUGUUUUUGUGUAGAGUGUGUGCGAAGCCGUAAACGCUUCUCCGAAAGCCGUCCAUAUUUCUUCCAGAAGGAUGUCUAUGAAAGCUCUGUAUGUUGAAGAGUUCGGCGACUCGUCGAAGCUAAAGUAUGGUGAGGUUCCCAAGCCAGAACCCGCAGAAGGAGAGGUUUUGGUAAAAAAUGAGAUUUGUGGCUUGAACUACCUGGAAGUCAUGAUGAGGGAUGGGUAUAUACCUCUCGAAGCUUUAGGAUCUGGUUUUCCUUUGACAAUGGGAGUGGAGGCUGCUGGAACAGUCGAAAAAAUCGGUGCAAAUGUCAUUGGUGUAACCAAAGGAGAGAGAGUGGCUUAUGCAGUUGUUGGAUCUGGAGCACAUGCUGAAUAUGCAAAAGUAUCAGCAUCAAGACUGGUAAAAGUUCCAGAUGAGAUUAGUUUUGAGCAAGCUGCUACAUCAAUGAUUCAGGGGUUAACUGCACAUUACCUGGUGCAUACAACUGGCAGAGUGAAGCCUGGUGACAAGGUGCUGAUUCAUGCAAUCUCUGGAGGGACUGGGUCUCUUGUGUGUCAAGUGGCAAAGAACAGAGGAGCGUUUGUGAUUGGAACAACCAGCACUGAGGCCAAAGCAGCAAAAGCAAGGGAGGCCGGUGCUGAUGAGGUUAUUCUUUACUCACAGAAAGAUUUUGCAGAGGAAGUCAACAGGAUAACUGAUGGAAAAGGGGUUAAUGUUAUUUACGAUGGUAUUGGAAAAAAAACUUUUGAGAAAGACUUUGAAUGUUUGGCUAUCCAAGGAAUCGUGGUAUCAUUUGGACUAGUUUCUGGACCCCCGCCUCCAAUUGAUGUGGAGAAACUCGCCAAAGGUUCCUUCUCUAUUUGCCGACCUAUGUUGUUUCACUACAUUGCAAACGAAGAAGAUUUGAAGAAGCGCAGCUCUGAAGUCUUUGCCUGGAUCAAGAAAGGCGAAGUAAAGUUUGGCGACUUUACUGUAUUACCACUGUCCGAGGGAAAGAAAGCUUACGAUUUGUUGGGAAGUGGAAAAUCUACAGGAAAAAUCUUGAUGAAGCCUUGAACUGAAAAUAUUUAAGCACACUAUCCAAAGAAAUGUUCAUUAUUAUCACGUUGUCGGGCAUUGUGGCGCAUUUUGUAUUUAAUCCUGCUGAAAUAAGCCAAUGAAAAUAAGAGUCAAACAAUCGUACGAUAAAAGCAGCAAAUUGAAAUCGAGAAGCCAUAGAUAUGUUCGCGCCCUAUUCCCGCAGAGUUGGUGAAAGAAUUGAAAGCGAUCUUUUCAAAGCCCAAAUGAUAUCUGAAAUCGUAGAAUUCAACGAAGAAUCAAUCUUCUGAGCGAGGAGAAGAAGAUUUGUAAAAGUGAGAAGCUGAUUCCGUCCCCAAAAAAAACAUACUUUUUAGGGUUCAGAUUGCUGUGUUUAUUUUUUUUUCAGUUUUUAUUUUCUCAAUGCCCUUCAAAGUGACAAUAAUAGUAACAGAGUGUAUUUUCUUGAGCGGCUCGGGCUAAAAUGAGUCUGAGUCGGGCCCAAAACAUAUUUACGCCCGCGAACAUAACCUCUAUCGUUUUAGUAGAUUAAAGGCUGAUACAAACUGCAUCAAAUGCUAACGUACUUUUAAUCAAUAUAUAUUAAUGCACGGGGUUUUGAGAUGUCUCUAAGGACAAGGGGGAUAUUAAGAGUUUUGAAAUUUAUGCAAGAGCCACUUAAGGCAACUUUAUCAGUCUGGCGAUCAGACCAGUGUUUGUUUUACUCUCUGCUGCAUAUCUUGUUGCGCUUGUUGUAUCUUGUACCAAUAAACAAGACUCUGGCUCCUAAUUACAUAAUAUCUAAUACUCAUUUCGGUGUGAACAUCUUUUAACCUAACAUUUACUGCUGGAAGGAUUUGCGCGAGUGUACAGCGCUUAUAAAGGAGGGUUCUCCGGUUUACACUGAACAGCUUUUUCAGUGUUGAAAAAAUGCAAAUCAAAGGUCGAUUACCUGAUUUUUUUAGAAUACUCUUCAUUAAACACUCAAAAGGACUUCGUUAAGUUCGUACUGAACUGUUCACGCUAACCCAAAGUUUCCAUUUGGAACUCAACCCUGCUCACAUACGUUAUGUUGAAGUUGAAGUGUAGUGUCGUAAGAGACGGUGAACGCAUCAGGCCAUUCGCGAAAGUCUAACUAAAAAUGUAAAUUUAAAUGUCUUCCCCCGGCGUUGCCGUUCUGACUGCUUAUGGUCUCUAAUGACAUUAAGCAAGCGUCAAAACGUCGUGAUUUUCGAAACAAUUUAUUGGAAAAUAUCUCAAACCUCGAUGGUUUUAAGUUUACGUCCUUCAAUUUUUCAGCAGUGUUUUAUCGUCUAAUAAUAUGCACGAGAAAAUUACUCAGUUCUUAUUGGUUAAGAUAAAUGCAGUUUUCAGGUAAUUCAAUGCAGAAGAGGGUUAUUUCAUGUAUA